AGGAGCGCAGAGGAGUGCCUGUACGCUGCGGAGAGCCGACACACGCACACAGCCUCCUCCCCCACUAACUCCGCACUCGUUUACCGGUGAAACGCCACCGACUCCCGGCUCUGAACGGUCCUCGUCACCGCUGAACCCCGGUCUGCACCCGGCAGCGCACGCACUCGACCAGCGGUCCUCACCCCGGUAGGCCUGACGCAGCAGCAUCAUCAUGGAGGAGUUAGACGUCCCACAGAUGAGGAGAGAAGUGGAAAGCCUUCAGUAUCAGCUGGCAAUCAACAGAGAGAAAUCUUCCAUCACCGUCACUGAGUUGGUGAAAUGGAUUGAAGGAUGUGUUUGCGAAGAUCCGUUUCUGAACCCAGAGCUGAUGAGAGCCAACCCCUGGGUGGAGAAGGGCAAAUGUGUGAUCCUUUAGCGGUCACACACACACACACACACACACACACACACACACACACACACACACACACACACACACACACACACACACACACACACACACAAUCACGGAUGCAUACAAACUAAAGAACGACGCACUGCACUAAUUCACAUGCUCACUCACACACAUCAUCAGUGCUAUUACCAUGUUUCUUUAUUCUGAAUGCUGUUACUUUCUGUGGAGACUACUGAAUGUGUGAGUGUGCAGCACCGAGUAGCUUUCUAGAGGUUUGUUUUGAUGACAGCACCUUUUUAUUGGCUCUUUACACUGUCGAUCCAAAUAAAGACUGUUUUGAAUUUAA